GCCGUCUGGGUGGUCGUUAUUGGUCUUGUUGUGCUUUGCGCCAAACUCACCUAUAGAUCGUACGCUCGCGGUGGAGCUUUAUAGCUUUGGGUUUCGAGGGCCAUUUUUUUUCUGGUAGGCCUAUACAGUGUGGUUUUUUCCACCCCAGAGGAGACCGAAGAUACAGUAAAUCAAAAGAGAGUAUACCGACUGAAUGAUGGCAUCGGAAAACAACGUAGCGAAAAAAGACGAGCCGCCCAGCAACAACGAGGAGAAGCCAACCCCGGCCGAGGCGGCGAACAACCUGGCCAACGAUGUGGCCAGUUUAAAAGUGGCCGAGGCCGAGCAGCAGCGCCCGGGCAGCACGAGCCCUUCGACCCCGGCUGGCUCCUUCCUCGCGGGUUUCAAGGCUUUCUCCAAGUUCGGGGACACCAAGAGCGACGGGAAGCACAUCACCCUCAGCCAGAGCGACAAGUGGAUGAAGCAGGCCAAGGUCAUCGAUGGCAAGAAAAUCACCACGACCGACACCGGCAUCUACUUCAAGAAGCAAAAGUCGAUGAAGCUCAACAUCGAACAGUACAAAGCCUUCCUGGACGAGCUGGCCAAGAGCAAGAAAGUCGACCUGGUGGCGAUGAAGAACAAAAUGGCCAACUGCGGCCCGCCCGGGAUAACCAAUACUGCUGUGGGUGGCAAGGCAGCGUCGACGGUGGACAGGCUGACUGACGUGACAAAGUACACGGGCUCGCACAAACAGCGCUUCGACGAGUCGGGCAAGGGUCGGGGCAUAGCUGGCCGCAAGGACUUGACCGACAAGUCGGGCUAUGUGCAGGGCUACCAGAACAAGGACACCUACAAGGGCCAGUAGAGGACAAAGGAGAAAGAGAAAAAAAAAGAUAUCCACACCUUGGACGUCUCCGGUGUUUCUAGUGGGAUGUUGUAUACAAUGGAGGAUACACACGUCCGGGGAAGAGAUAUACGAAAUUUUUAUGGAAGUUACAGGAGGGGUGACGUUAAAAAAGGAGAGAAAUCCACAUUUUCCACGUCGCUUUCGCAUGCACACGCUCGCGAGUUUAAACGUUUAGGAGUGCGACUGUUGAUUUGGGUGGUGUACGUGAUGAUUAUGCGUCUAUCCGUGCAGUUUGCAUGAUUUCCGAAAAUGGGGUGGUUGAUUCAUUCACCCUCUCGCGAUUAGAGCGUCAGGGUGGCGGUUUUCGGGUUUGGAUGGAACUUUGAGGAGUGCCGGAACUUUUAUGUAUAGCCACGUGCCUCUGGACUCUGAGUUUUUUUUUAUAUCCAAGCAAAUGAACAGUUUAAAAAUAACACUUGGACGAGCAUGAUGAUCUUUGUUCGUCCAAUAUUUGGUGAAUAUUCCAUCAAUGUCAUUAGGCAUUAGACGUCCUUAAGGUGCAAAAAUGGCACUUACUUCCAUGGUCACGCCAGCGAGAAGGAGUUAAUGUAUUAGCAGUGCAUGUAACUAUUUCAUUGCGACUUUUUGCAGCUUAAAAAUACCUAGGUCCUAAUGAGGUCGAUUUAGUAUACCAACGAAAUAUUGAACCAAUAAAAAUUACCAUUUUUUUAGCUGUAGAUUUACAUCUAGUUCAUUAUAAAUCUGGAGCUGUUUGGCAAUAUUGAUAUCUAAGUUUUUUACUUCCUAAACAAUGCUGGACUACCACAAAAGUAUGUAUAAGAAAAAACAUCGAUUGAACUUUUAAGACUUGUGUCUUGAUCGCAUUCAGUUGUGGUGUUCCAACCUUGCGAAAACUGAAGUUGAACCCUCAAGACUUUGUCAAAUCCCUGUAUCUUUUAAACAAGAGCUCUUAAUAAUGAAACAUAUCUGUACUUCGAGGUUGUUACUUUGGUUUUGAUUUGCACUAGAAUUUCCUGUAACUGUUGCUUACGUUUGAGACACCAGUACGAGUGUAAAAGUACAAUCGACAUUUCUCGUUAUACAACUGUGGCUCUAAAAUAGCCGAACAUCGUGACUUUUUCUAUUUAUUGGUACAAAAAAGCAUAAAUCCCAAAGUUUUAUAUAAAUCCGUAACCCACAGCCCUGACAUCAUUCUAAUUAUCAACGGGGAUCAUUAGCACAAACAGCAAUUUUAACCACGUCGUUAUUCUUAAUAUAAUAUAUAUGAGUGAUACGAGUUAGCCACAAUAGGAUUAAAUCCCAGGAGACUUUGGUGACUCUCUGCAGGCGUGUAUUGUGUGAUUGCCUCUUUCGUUAAAAUUUUCACAUAUAGUUUAUUUGCAAUUUUUGUAUGAAUUUUUUUUCGUUUUUUUCGUUUUUUUUUUUUUUUUUUUUUAUUAAAAUGGCAUGGAGAAGAAGACAAUUAUCGUUUAAAUGCACAGAUGUUAAUUUUUACAUGUGCGUAGGGUAUGUGAAGAUGUGCUUCACAUUCAUAUGCAUAAUAUAUAAAUGGCAUUGGUUGUAUGCUGCAUUUUAAAAUAAUUUUAUAUUAUUUUACAAUUUGUAGUGUUAAUACUUUGAUGUUAGUUGUACUUUAGAAUUUAGCGGUUGCCAAAGAUAUUUUAUCCCCGAGUCAAACAAGAUUUAUUUAUUAUGUUAAUGUCACAAGUAUGAAGUCAACUGUUAAUAGUUUUCAGUUUUUUUUGUUUAUUCAUUAGUUAAUUUUUUUUUGUAAUAAUAAUUUUAAUCAUAGUCUGAUUUUAAUACUUAAAAAUUCAAGUUAAUACAAAAAAAGAUUUAGGUCAUCUUACUGUUUAUACAACUCUUUUGUCAUUUUUUAUACACAUAUGCAUUUUUAACGAUCGAAAUAAGAAAUUUUUAUGUUUUAAUUAAUUAUUGGAA